UUUGUGGGGUUGUCUUCGUUGGCGUGAACAACUCUCCACAUCCGUCAUUGCUGUCGUGACACGUCGUGAUUCGAAGCUUUGGCUUUAGUCAUCACGAGUCGAUUCUCACAAGCCAUCUAAAUUGCCAAUUUUUGCUUGAUUGGACUACAGGACCACCUAUCAUAGCUGAAGGUGCGGUGGAGGAUGAGUUGUUACUACACCUGGGGGUAUUUUCCUUGUCAUCACGUUGAGGCGUGGCGAACUCGGCGCGUCCUGCGCAUCUGACACAUGGCACGAAUGCCACGCGACGUGUGCCACGCGACUGAUAAGCGAUAAGGUGCGGCACCCAUCCUCUAACAUCAGCUUGGUUACCAGCUGGGUUACUAUCACUCUUCCAACUCCAGCGAAUCCGUGCUACAAACAAUGGGUGCCAACCAGUCGAGACCCUCAGAGGCCGUGGUGAACGAGCAGCUGCUAGAGCGGCUCCAAGCUCUCCAUAUGAAGGCUGAAACAACCACAAACGAGAAGGAUGGCUAUGUCUACAUCGAUGGCGAAUCACCACCCAAGUACCCAUCUAUCGCAAGAAGCCAGCAGGACGUGUCCGCCGCGGCUAUCGGACAGUGGGAGAAGGAGCUCAUGGAAGAUCCAAAGAACCGCCUCGCCCUAGCUGCCCUCAGUUGCAAUCCAGCCAACGCUGUGCUAUCCUCACGAUCAGCCACAAUCUCAGACGCCCAAAGCUUCAACAUCAAGAUACCGAUGGAAGGAUCUCCGAUCACCAAUCAGGCUUCCUCUGGUCGAUGCUGGCUCUUUGCCUCUACCAACGUUUUCCGAGUUGCUAUAAUGAAGAAGUACAAGCUAUCUCAAUUCCAGCUAUCGCAAGCAUACCUCUUCUACUGGGACAAGAUCGAGAAGGCAAACUACUUCUUGGAGAGUAUACUCGACACGACGUCCGAAGACAUUGAUAGUCGGCUAAUACAGGCACUUCUGGCAAGUCCAGUCGGGGAUGGGGGGCAAUGGGACAUGGUCGCCAACCUAGUAAACAAGUAUGGUCUCGUGCCUCAGGCACUAUAUCCAGACUCGUUCAACGCGAGCAAUUCCUCGACCAUGGACCGUCUCAUAACCACCAAAUUACGAGAGGACGCUGUCCGCCUGAGGUCAAUCGCGUCAAGUGCUGCGGCCGCAGAUGUUAUGAAGGCUACCAUCGCCGCCGAGAAGGACAAGAUGCUUCGCGAGAUUCAUCUUAUCUUGACUCUCAUGCUUGGACCGCCUCCGAAUCCUGACAAGGCCUUUACUUGGGAAUUCUAUGACCGAGACCGUCAUUUACACACUGUGCGUAUGCGCCCCACUGCCUUCGCAAAGGAAUUAUCCGACUGUAAGACUGUUCGCGCUCUCUCGGGUACGGAUGUGCACCAACUCUUCUCUCUUGUCAACGACCCUCGUAACCCCUACAACCGCCUCCUUAGUGUGAAGCGGCUCGGAAACGUGUGGGAAGGUCGUCCAGUGACGUACGUAAACGUUGACAUGAAGACCAUGAAGCAAGCCUGCGUCAACAUGCUCAAGCGUGGUCUACCCAUCUUCUUCGGCUCAGACGUAGGCAAGUUCUCCGAUUCCACAAAAGGCAUAAUGGAUACGAAGCUCUUUGAUUACGAACUUGGGUUCAAUGUUAAGUUCGGCAUGUCAAAAGCCGAGCGCCUGCAGACGGGCGAGAGUCAGAUGACGCACGCCAUGGUGCUGACUGCUGUACAUGUUGUCGAUGGAAAACCGGUGAGGUGGAGAGUAGAGAACUCGUGGAGCGAUCGUGUGGGCGACAAGGGAUAUUUUGUGAUGAGCGAUGCAUGGAUGGACGAGUUCGUUUACCAGGCGGUCAUUGAUCCAAGCGUCGUAAGUUCAACGAUCAGAAAGGUGCUAGAGCAGAAGCCGAAGAUGCUGGAGCUCUGGGAUCCGAUGGGCGCAUUAGCUUGA